GCAUACAUACAACCAGUAAAAAUGUAUCAGCCAAAAAAAGACGAUGCGUUUUACUACAGUUUAAUGUUUUUAAGAUAUCUUCACUAUUAUCCUUCAAUAGAAAAUGAGAAAAACCUAAAAUGUUACCACUUUAUUUCCAUAAUCAUUAGAUUAAUCAGUUGCUUUAUUUGGGUGGAAUGCGCCAUUCAUUGCACUAUGGCAUUAAAAGAAAACUUGCCAGUAGAUAUAAGUGAAGAUGUUGUGGGGCUUACUGGUGUGGGAAAUUCAAUGCUUCUUUGUAUUUUCUUCGAAAUAAAUGUACAAGGUUGGUCUAAGUUGUUCUUAGAUAUAACAGAUACGACAAAAUUCGGCACUCCACCGAAAAUGACAGCGGUAAUUCAAAAAGCCAACCGAUAUGCUUUGAUAUAUUUUAUUUAUUGCAACGUUGGGGUAAUGGUAUAUGGGUUGGUAUCCAUAUUUGAUACAGGUCGUUGUAUGAGAUUUAACGAGGAGAAAGGUCUUCAUGAGAUUUGUGGUACGGUUACGCCCCUAUGGUGGCCAAGCAAAGAUAUUGAUCCUGUUACUAAAAUUAUAAUUAUUUGUUAUCAAGUAUUUUCUGCAGUUUUUUAUAUUCCACCCUCUGCAAUAUUGACAUUCGUUCCUUGGGAGGCUGCAGAAGUAAUAAUCGCAAAAAUUGAUCAUCUUAAAGAUUUAUUUAAACAUGCAUUUAAUACAAAAGAUCCAGUUUUGCAAAGAAAGAGGCUAAGGUUUUGUAUACAGUACCAUCAAGAUAUUUUAAGAAUUACUGGAGAACUUAAUAAUGCUGCUAAACGAGUUUGUGGUCAGUUAUCUUUUGUUGCUGCUGUCAUACUGAGCUGUAUUGGAACCCAAAUGUUAAAGGAAUACUCAAUUGGUGCGGUAAUUCAUCUUAUGGGGUAUAUGGUAGCUGUUUUCUUAGUUUGUCAGACUGGACAGAAAAUAAGUGAUGAAACCUAUGAUAUACAGGAUUCUGUAUAUGAAUCUGCAUGGUUUGAGGUAAACCCACAACUUGCCAAAGAUUCACAACUUAUUCUACUUCGCUCGCAAAAGCCAAUUUCAAUGGAGGCAGUACCAUUCGGAAUAUUUAACUAUAAUUUGCUUAUAAUCAUUCUUAAAACAUCUUAUUCGUAUCUUACUUUAAUCAACAAAACUGCUUAGAUGUUAAUAUAUAUGCAACAAUUUAUUAUAUAAAAAAUAUCACUUGAGG